CGAUGCGCACGGCCGGAGAGACGCGGAGGAGGAGACAUGAGCCGGCGGGCGCCCAGACGGAGCGGCCGUGACGUGUUCGCGCUGCAGCCGCUCGCCCCAGCCCCGGAGCGCUGACCCCUGGCCCCGCGCAGCCCCGCGCCCUGGCCAGACAGCGCAGCCCAGCUUCCAGCCACGCUGCGCAUGCUGCCCCCGGAGCGAGCCAGAUAGCCAGCCUCCCGCGGACGCCCGGACGGCCGUCCGGCCAGCAGUGAACAAGCUUCCCCGCACCGGCCGGGCGCCUGCUGCACAGCGGCUGCCGCCCCGCAGCCCCUGCGCCAGCCCGGAGGGCGCAGCGCUCGGGAGGAGCCGCGCGGGGCGCUGAUGCCGCAGGGCGCGCCGCGGAGCGCCCCGGAGCAGCAGAGUCUGCAGCAGCAGCCGGCGAGGAGGGAGCAGCAGCAGCGGCGGCGGCGGCGGCGGCGGCGGCGGAGGCGCCCGGUCCCGGCCGCGCGGAGCGGACAUGUGCAGGCUGGGCUAGGAGCCGCCGCCUCCCUCCCCGCCCAGCGAUGUAUUCAGCGCCCUCCGCCUGCACUUGCCUGUGUUUACACUUCCUGCUGCUGUGCUUCCAGGUACAGGUGCUGGUCGCCGAGGAGAACGUGGACUUCCGUAUCCACGUGGAGAACCAGACGCGGGCUCGGGACGAUGUGAGCCGUAAGCAGCUACGGCUGUACCAGCUCUACAGCCGGACCAGCGGGAAACACAUCCAGGUCUUGGGCCGCAGGAUCAGCGCCCGCGGCGAGGACGGGGACAAGUAUGCCCAGCUCCUAGUGGAGACAGACACCUUCGGUAGUCAAGUCCGGAUCAAGGGCAAGGAGACGGAAUUCUACCUGUGUAUGAAUCGCAAAGGCAAGCUCGUGGGGAAGCCCGAUGGCACCAGCAAGGAGUGUGUGUUCAUCGAGAAGGUUCUGGAGAACAACUACACGGCCCUGAUGUCAGCUAAGUACUCUGGCUGGUACGUGGGCUUCACUAAGAAGGGGCGGCCACGGAAGGGCCCCAAGACGAGGGAGAACCAGCAGGACGUGCACUUCAUGAAGCGCUACCCGAAGGGGCAGGCAGAGCUGCAGAAACCCUUCAAGUACACGACGGUGACCAAGAGGUCCCGCCGGAUCCGCCCCACGCACCCCGGCUAGGCCGGCCGCCGCAGACCCCAGGCCGCCCUGGCCACGCUCACCUCCCAGAGAACUGCACCAGAGGAAUAUUUUUACAUGAAAAAUAAGGAAGAAGCUCUAUUUUUGUACAUUGUGUUUAAAAGAAGACAAAAACUGAACCAAAACUCUUGGGGGGAGGGGUGAUAAGGAUUUCAUUGUUGACUUGAAACCCCCAAUGACAAAAGACUCGCACAGAGGGACUGUUGUCAACCCACAGGUGCUCGUCCUCUCUAGGAACAGACAGCUCCAAACUCGUCCGUCCCCAGAGGAGGACUUGAAUGAGGAAACCAACACUCCGAGAAACCAAAGUCCUUUUUCCCAAAGGUUCUGAAAGCAAAAAAAAAAAAAAAAAAAAAGAAAGAAAAAAAAGUAAAGCAAAGAAAGUAGUACCCCCCUCCCCCCAACUUUCCUCACUCUCCCAAUCCCUAUCCCUGUUCCAAAUUCCAACAAAAAUCGCUCUCUGGUUUGCAGUCAUUUAUUUAUUGUUUGCUGCAAGCUGUCCCGAGACACCGCGCAGGGAAGGCGUGCCCCUGGGAAUUCUCCGCGCCUCGACCUCCCGACGACAGACGGCCUCGUCCAAUCGUGGUGACCCUGCAUUGCUCACAGUUCUGGAGGAUGCUGCUAUCGACCUUCCGUGACUCACGUGACCUAGUACACCAAUGAUAAGGGAAUAUUUUAAAACCAGCUAUAUUAUAUAUAUUAUAUAUAUAUAAGCUAUUUAUUUCACCUCUCUGUAUAUUGCAGUUUCAUGAACCAAGUAUUACUGCCUCAACAAUUAAAAACAACAGACAAAUUAUUUAAAA